AAAAAAAAUUCUGUUUCCUCCCUACGUUGUCUUAUUUGCUUGCAUUUUUGUUCUGACUUUGAAUAUUUUUCACGAGUGAUUUGCUACCUUACAAACCGAGCCAUCUUCCUGAGGAAAACUUGCAUUCCUGGACUCAUUGUGACGUGUGUGCCACCACUGCAACAAACACCGAGAAGGGGGGUGCGGCUCAGGGGACUUGCCCUGAUAGAAUUAUGGCCGGGCCCCGUUUCGGGAGGGAUGUCCCACGGGUACCUUGGCGGGAAAGAAAGGACAAGAAGAAGGGGAAAAAUCGUUGACGGGAAACUGGAAAUACUGUAGGUUUUUGCCCGUCUCUCCAGUUUGUGUGGAAGUCUUCGAGAUGUGGAGGUUCAUUCUCGUCAUAGCUCUGGGCUGGGAUAGUGUGGACGUUCCGAGGGUUUUGUGCCGGUCUUCGCUAAGGAUAUUGCUGAAAGCGGGGAGAAAUAGUCGCUUGGAUUUUGUGGGAAGACUCAGAGUCUUCAGUAACGUUACACGUCUGCCUUUUUGUGUGGAUAAUCGUUGACAUGUCAUACGGAAAGCUCGGGAAAGCAGAGUAUUCUGUGAGGAAUUAAAAGAGAACACAUUCUCAGAUGAGUGGACAUAUCAAUGUGUUCAAGGUAGAUACUGAUUGGAUACACUACUCUUGUUAUCAAACGACUCGGGGAGUGGAGUCUUGUGUGAAGUUUUGUCUCACCAGUCAGUAGUGAGAAAGGGUUCUUCCUCGUGGUUGAUAGGACAUGUUGUCUAUUACUGAAAGCUACUGGACUGCACAUGUUUUUGAAAGCACUGGAGUUAAAUGGGAGAGCCAUAUUAGUUGCGAGAUGAUUCCAUGACUCUGAAACAAGGAAACGAAUCUUGACCAAGGAAACAUCAACUUUCUUCACCAGCAACAUCAAUGUGUUUGAGUUCGAAGCCUCAGAAAGAAGGUUUCUUCGCCUGGAGUGUGGCUGUGGGCACGGUCCUGAUCAGUUUACCCAACGGCUCUCCUUUCGAUUUGACCAUCUGGACAAGAUACGUCAGAUCUUACUUGAGAUACCAUUGCUGCACAGACUGCAAGCACAACGAUCCCACCUGGAUAUCGUCUCUCUUUCUGGUUUCACAGUCCAUCUCGCUCCUCCUUGCCCCGCGGCUCUCGCGGGUUCUGGGCCCAAAGACAUGUCAGGCGGUAGCGGCUCUUCUCCACGACCUCGCCUGGCUCUUGUGUUGCGUCACCGCUGCGCAUGCGUCAGCAUCUGCAACCUUGACAUUAGCUGUCCUGCCUGGCCUCGCUUCGGGUGUAAUGCUGGCCGUAAAUUUGACCUACGUGGCGAACUGGCUUCCUAAUAGAGUUGUCAUGGUUACCGCGUGCGUCGUUACAGCUCCAGGGAUUGCAGCCAUUUUCAUUAAUAAGCUGACAUCCGCAUAUGUGAACCCUCGUUACAUCAAACCGAACGUUCUAGAGGAUGGGAGGAUAUUUUAUGAAGCACCCGACGUUUUGGAUAAAGUUCCAAUGACUUUCGUGAUAGUGUCAGUUGUUUCAUUCUGUGUUCAUCUAAUCGGGAUUUCGUUAUUAAGUAAUCCGCCACAAGAAGUACAGCAGGUUAAAAAGGAGACGGAAGAAAUUGAGCUCCAGGAACUGCACCAUAGAGAUACCACUGCUCACACAAAUCCAACAGAACUCCAACACCACUACAAAAGUCGCUCUGAGAGUGGAAUGAGCAGUCUUUCCUCGCUCGACGGGAAAGAGGAGCUGAAGACAUUGGACGAAAAAGGACAGUGUCAAGAAAGAACUUGUCCUUACAGUUACAGUUCUUCCACAGAAACCCAACCUUUGGGAUCCGGGAGAAUCUGUGAAUAUAGCUCAUUUAUGACGACUGACUUGAUAAGAGAUACUUCUAACACUACUGAGACUUCUGGUAACCUUAGCAGUUCAAGUUUCGAGUCGAAUACAUCAAAAUCCACUGCGCUAACACUCUCUAUUUUGAAAGACUGUUGUUGGAAAAGAGAUGAGAGGCACCUGUUUUGUCAAUUACUGACUAAAGCAAAAUCUAAAGACAGUAUUUUUUCUUCGUCGAUGUCAGAUCUAUCUUGCAGCUCGCCAUUCCAUGCUAUAAGGAGAGAAACUCUUUACGUCUUAUGCUUUUCUGUCUUAGCCAUUAAUAACGGCGUUCUCUUGGUCUCCAUCCUCUGUGGACCUGUGGCCCACGACUGGAAUAAAAACAAAAAAGAAUCAGACUUUAGUCAAUAUCUAGGUGCAAUGUCGGCCUUUCUUUUGACUAUGAUGGAAAGCUUUCUUGUUGAGUUCUCAACUCUUGGUAUAAAAAAGGCAUUAUCGCUUAAUUUAGCUCUAAAUGCAUUGCUACUCUCCUUUUGGGUUUUCACAAUACGGGUGGGGGAAUGGCUCUUCCUGGUUUGGACAACCGUGCUGUUAGGUGUACAAAAAGCUACAGAUUUCCUGUUUCCUAUCUCGGCCCUACGAUACUUCGGAAGUGAGUAUUAUAUUAUGACUUUUGGUAUAGUCAUGACAGCAACGAUCCUCAACAACACUGCGAUUUUAACAGGAGUUGACCUGCUUUAUAAAGUGGCAAAUUUGUACGUUUGGCUAGGUCUUGGGAGCUCUUUCUUGAGUUUGUCGGCACUUGUCGUUGUGCUUGUGUUCCUGAAGUGAGGAGUGGAGAGGGUAUGCUGUAUGCCAGAGCGAAAUAGAAACUUGCUGGAGUAACACAAGAAAGGACAGUUACACUGAUUUAACUAAUGUAUAAAAAAACACAACAGAAGCAUAGCGUGUGUGGUGGAUCUUUUAGGCGCUUUGCAGUCGCUAUUGCAUAUAUAGAAGUGACCUGAUUUCGAUUCCCGAGAGGGAAGAACUUUUAUCGAGUAUCUCGGUCUUUCUGCUGGGAUGUUGUGUCCCUCUCAGCUUGGGUUGGCACGAAAAGCAGGAUCGAAACCCAAUUCUUGUUUGAUCUUGCAUUAAAAAAAAAAUUACACGCCCGUUAGAUCCACAUUGUCCAUUGCAUGCUUUGCAAUUUGACGACAUGCGUCUUUUCAUCUGUCUUUUUAGGCGACUGGUUCGUACCCCAUCCAGAUUGCACAAGACAACACACCCAAACAUGAUACACACACACACACACACACACACACACACACACACACACACACACACACAUACACACACACACACACACACACGAAAUCACACACUAGCACAGGCACCUGCAAAUGCUUACAUAAAACACACACUCAGACACAUACUCACACUUACUCAGAAACACUCACAACUACCAACUCCACCCCCACCCCCCGUCCCCGUAGUUCCAUCACUCCUACCGUCCACCGUCUCAUGUUCCCCUGACCGCCCCCCAUGCAUAAUUGCCUGCAGUAUUUGCAUGCGAUUCCGUUGUUUGCCUUCUAUAGAGUUGAGUACUUCCUCAUAAUUCUCACCCCACUCUCUGUAAUUCCCUAAUCGCCACACGCACUCCUUUCGCAGAUCGUGUGUCCCAGCGGCUUAUCGGGCACGGAGCACAAUCGCUAGGCGACCGUGAAAUUCUUUUACGGCCAAUUACUGUCUUGAGCGGGGAGGAAAGGGGAACGGAGUCGCCUUUGAUAUAAUACAUUAAUAUUGGCCGGAGAGGGCCCCCAAAAAGCAACGGCUGGCCCGUGUCAAUUUCCCGCCAUUCGAUGCUAUCGCACACAUAACGGAAAUGAAGGUCGACCCAGACACUUGACGACAUUUCCUUUUCCAAACCGCUAUCUGCUCUUCUUCCAUAAUAUUCAACCAUUCAGCCCUUCAUUCUUUCCGCCUUUCAUUUAUACGGUAGUAUCAAAAUGUUUCGUUCCCGAUCCAUCUCUGUGUAUGGGCUCAAAGAAUUUUUUCUCGAAUUUUUUAUUUGUACAUUUAGCCUACCAUUACUGCGCAUCAUUGCUGGCCUUACAAGGCCGCUAAUGUCUGCACACAGCAAUGUUCUAACAAUUUAAACAACUGAACCGAAACUGCAAAUUGCAACAAAAAAACAACAACAACAACAAACAAACAAAAAAGUUGAAGAAACCUUUAAAAAGGUAAAACAAAGAUAAAUAAAACGGAAAGGAAGUUAACAUCGGCAAAAGCUCAGGCGACGACGCUGGCGACAACUGAAACAGUGGUAACAAUGACAGUGACACUGGGCCACAAUGUAAGAACUACAUUGUGUUCAGAGGAUACUUUGUAACAAUGUGUACAUUUUCGCAUAACUGAUCCAACAUAUCAUUGUUCUGAAUAAUGUUAUCGAUCAAUAUAUUGUUAUGUUCAUGGAUUCUUUGUUUGAUCUCACCAUGAGUUCAUCCUUUCAAUAAACUCCAUUAAAGUUAUUUC